AUGUCUGGGCCAUGUCUCCAGCCACUGAUAUGGCCCGAAUCGGGAUCCCCAUCCAGGAAGACGGCAAUGAACAGCGCAGCUGAGUUUGCUAGUAAUGGCUUUCACACUUCGCUGCCAAGUCUCUCUUUGACCGCCUCUGGCUCUCUUCCACCCUUCACCUGGUUGGGCGAAAAGAGAUCUUUGAGGAAUUCGGUCGACUGGCAUACGCGGCACGUGGCCAAGCCAGCGCAACCUAAGCGGUGUGAUCAGUUCAUCUAUCGAGGGGAACAUAUCAGUUCUCAGCAACUACACGCUGAACUAUCCUCAACUUAUCGGGUGUUCUCCGUCAAGCUACAGUCGGCUCAAAUUACGAGGAAUUCGGACGCUGAAUCCAUCACCUUCUCCGCAACUGGAUGUGCUGCACCAAGCCGCCGCAUGUUUCAGUCGCUACGACAUUCGAGAUAUCGCAGUACAUGUAUAUUUUUUAAUGCACUACUCAUAAGGUUGCUGAAAAUCCGUCGACAGCCCACAACCGGUUUCACCCUUCUUGGGGCUCAUCAGGUAGGCGCACAAAUGGUAGAUUCAGCUGGGUUCCAGAAGUCCAACAAUGCCCGCUCCAACCCCGUUGAAACCACCCAUGGAAUUCAUGAAUCAAGUGUCUUGUGUGUCUUCAGUGGUUCACGGCAAUAUCGAUUGGGUGGAUGCGUCAAAAUAUUUCUCAAAACAAUCAAUGCUAAUUGGCUAGAUGUCUACCACAUUCGUGGUGUCCGCCGCUUGGAUAAUACAUGUACUCAAAUGGCCUAA